CAAUAAAAACAGUGUGUGCCCUGCUGCUAUGUGCUAGCUCGAAGAGAACCCGCAACCUUAGCCAACAAAUACAACUUUUAUUUAAAACAUCUGGAUUAUGACAGUUUGUGCAUGAAAUUCACACAAGUUUUGCGAAUGACACCGCGUGCAAAGUUGUGAUUCUUGUGGUCCACUUCGCCUGUGAUUUUUUAAAUCGAGGUAGACACCCGUCUGCUGCUGGACUGAUAAAUGCUCUUCCUGCCUAAGGUCCAAACAAUGUUGAAGAAAUGAUAGCCGCGCAGGACUUCCAUUCAGAUUUUCAGUUGCCUCACGAGGCAGAAUCUCAGUUGUCCUCUGACACAGAUCAUGAUGAUCCAGAUGGCCGGAUUUCAAGGACCAGCAGAAACAUGGCGGCAAAGAAAGGGAAGAAGGCGAAUGGAGAGAAGAGCAGGAGUGGAGGAGCAGUGAGAGGUUGGGUGAACGGCCACCAUCAAGAGAACGGGAAAGAAAACAUGAGCCUGUUUGAGGUGGUGAAAACAGGAAAGAGCGCCACGCAGUCGAUCAUCGACGACUGGAUCGAGGCGUACAAACACGACCGCGACCUUGCUCUCCUGGAUUUGAUCAACUUCUUUAUUCAGUGUUCGGGCUGUAAAGGUGCGGUGAGCACAGAGAUGUUCAGACAAAUGCAGAACUCUGAAAUCAUCAGGAAAAUGACGGAGGAGUUUCACGAGGACAGCGGCGACUAUCCGCUAACACUGUCUGGGCCUCAGUGGAAGAAAUUCCGAAUCAGCUUUUGCGACUUCAUCGCAGUCCUGGUGCGACAGUGUCAAUAUAGCAUCAUCUACGACGAGUACAUGAUGGACAUGGUCAUCUCGCUGCUCACUGGUCUCUCCGACUCUCAAGUCCGGGCUUUUAGACACACCAGCACGUUAGCAGCCAUGAAGCUGAUGACGGCGCUGGUGAAUGUGGCGCUGAACCUGAGCAUCAAUAUGGACAACACGCAGAGACAGUACGAGGCCGAGCGGAACAAGGUCGUCGCUAAGCGAGCGAAUGACAGGCUGGAGCUCCUCCUGCAGAAGCGUAAAGAGCUGCAAGAAAAUCAAGACGAAAUUGAAAACAUGAUGAAUGCCAUUUUCAAAGGAGUCUUUGUUCACAGAUACCGUGACGCCAUCGCUGAAAUCCGGGCGAUUUGUAUCGAAGAGAUCGGAGUCUGGAUGAAGUUAUACAGUGACGCCUUCCUCAAUGACAGCUACCUGAAGUACGUGGGCUGGACGAUGCACGACAAGCAAGGUGAGGUGCGCCUGAAGUGCCUGACUGCACUGCAAGGUCUCUUCUACAACAGAGAACUUGGGACUCGGCUGGAACUCUUCACAAGUCGCUUCAAGGAUCGGAUAGUCUCCAUGACUCUUGACAAAGAGUAUGACGUUGCCGUUCAAGCUAUCAAACUUCUUACUCUCGUGUUACAAACCAGCGAUGAAGUUCUCACUGCGGAGGACUGUGAAAGUGUGUAUCACCUGGUUUACUCGGCACAUCGACCCAUUGCCGUGUCAGCAGGAGAAUUUCUGUUUAAAAAACUGUUUAGCCAUCAAGGUGCCGAUGAUGACGGUUUACCCCGGAGGGGCCGGCAAAGUCUCAAUGGAAACCUCAUCAAAACUACCGUUUUCUUCUUCUUGGAGAGCGAGCUCCAUGAGCAUGCAGCGUACUUGGUGGACAGCCUUUGGGAGUGUGGGUCUGAGCUGCUGAAGGACUGGGAGACGAUGAUCAGCCUGCUCCUCGAUGAGCCCAUGCCGGGAGAGGAAGCGCUGAGCGAUCGCCAGGAGACGGCUCUGGUCGAGAUAAUGCUCUGUGCCAUCCGCCAAGCAUGCGAAAGUCACCCCCCUGUCGGCCGGGGCACGGGAAAAAGGGUUCUUACAGCGAAGGAGAGGAAAACACAGCUGGACGAUCGCACAAGGAUCACCGAGAUCUUUGCUGUUGCCUUGCCACUGUUACUGGCGAAGUACUGUGUAGAUAUCGACAAGGUGACAAAUCUGCUGCAAAUACCAAAGUAUUUUGAUCUGGACAUCUACACUACCGGCCGAUUGGAAAAGCAUCUGGAUGCCUUGCUGAGACAAAUCUGGGAGGUGGUGGACAAGCACACAGACACUGAGGUCCUGGAGGCCUGCUCCACCACCUACCACUACCUCUGCAACGAAGAGUUCACCAUCUACAACCGUGUGGACAUCGCGUGCUCGCAGCUUCUGGACGAGCUGGUGGACAAGUUCAACCGGCUCCUCGAAGACUUCCUGUUGGAGGGGGAGGAACCUGAUGAAGAUGAUGGCUACCAGGUUCUGUCAACACUGAAGAAAAUCACUGCUUUUCACAACGCUCACGACCUCUCUAAAUGGGAUCUGUUCACCAGCAACUACAGGUUACUAAACACCGGCCUUCAGAAUGGGGAUAUGCCAGAGCAGAUUGUGAUUCAAGCGAUGCAGUGCACCCAUUACAUCAUCCUGUGGCACCUUGCAAAGGUUUCGGACAGCGCCUCAUUAAAGGGGGAUGUGGUGACCCUGAGGAAGCAAAUGAGAGCGUUCUGCUUAAUGUGCCAGCGAUACCUCAACAGUGUCAGCACGGCAGUCAAAGAGCAGGCCUUCACCAUUCUGUGUGAUUUACUGUUGAUCUUCAGUCACCAAAUCAUGUCGUCAGGCCGCGAACAGCUGGAGCCUCUGGUCUUCGUACCCGACUCUGUGCUGCAGGCCGAGCUGCUCACUUUCAUCCUGGACCAGGUCUUCAUUGAUCAGGAUGAUGAAAACAGCAGCUCAGAUGGCCAUCAGGACGAUGAAGCUCUCAAAAUCGAAGCACUGCAUAAGAGAAGAAACCUUCUCGCGGCCUAUUGUAAACUGAUCGUUUACAACAUUGUGGAAAUGAGUACUGGUGCGGACAUAUUUAAGCAGUACAUGAGGUUUUACAACGAUUAUGGCGAUAUCAUUAAGGAAACGAUGAGUAAGACCAGACAGAUUGACAAAGUGCAAUGUGCAAACACACUCGGACUGAGUCUGCAGAAGCUCUUUAAUGACAUGCUGUCUGAGCUCGGCUUUAAUUUUGACCGAUCGUCUUCGGCGUUCUGUGGCAUUAAAGAACUGGCUCGCCGCUUCUCAUUGACCUUUGGCCUGGAUCAAAUGAAGACCCGAGAGGCGAUCGCCAUGCUACACAAGAAUGGCAUCGAGUUUGCGUUUAAGGAAGCCAGUCCUCAGGGGGAGGGGGGGCCCCCUCUGAAUCUGGCCUUUCUGGACAUCCUCAGCGAGUUUUCAAGCAAAUUAAUCCGGCAGGACAAGAGAACAGUCCACAUGUACCUGGAGCGGUUCAUGACGUUGCAGAUGGCCCUUCAGAGGGACGACUGCUGGCUGCCCCUCAUUUCCUACAGGAACUCCCUGCAGGCAGGGGCAGAUGAUGACACCAUGUCUGUCAUCAGUGGGAUGAGCAGUCGGGGGUCUGUCAGGAGCAAGAAGGCCAAGCCCGCCGCCGUCAGCAAGAGGAAGUUACCUGAAGAAGAGACCAGCUGCAGCAGCAGCAGCGAUUCCUUCUGGGCGAACCGUGAGCAGAAUGUGCAGACGCCAGUGAUGCUGCACUCUCCCCAUCUCACGUCCACCGUGCUGAGGGAGUCCAAGAAGAUGCGGCCGGAAGACAGCUACACCCCGGCAUACAGCAUACCAGCAGAGCACCAUUCGUAUCAGCCUGUGCCUUCACCGCAGCAGCAGCAGCCGCACCAUCUGCACCAGGCAGCCCUGGAUUACAACACCCAGGUGACCUGGAUGUUGACACAGAGGCAGCAAGCGGAGGCCCGUCAGCAGCAGGAGCGAGUCAACCUGCAGUACGCCAAGAUGAGGAACCACGUGGCGCAGACCAUUCGCAGGGGGUCUGGACUGAUGGAGGACGACGAGGAGCCCAUCGUGGAGGAUGUGAUGAUGUCGUCAGAAGACCGGCUGGAAGACAUCAACGAGGGCAUGGAUUUUGGCACCAUGGACAUUGAUCUGCCUGCAUCCAAGAACCGCAGAGAGAGAAGUGAACUGAAGACCGACUACUACGAUUCGUCUUCGAUGAUGGACGACUCGGUGAUCAACGUGUCCAUGUUUUGAUCCCUCUCUGAGACUGCAUCAGAUUGACUCUGGACUCCCAGACUUCUAACAGGCUGCUUGUUUUUCCGCAAACUGUUUCACUAGUUUGUUUUUCUCAGCUCAGCCCGUGAAGCUGUUUAUGUGCAUGACAGAACCACUACUACGAGCGACAACUAAAGCAUACGCUCAUGUUGAAACUGCUGUACGUGUGUAAAUACGUAGGGAAGGGUUAGCACAAUGUCUCGAAACUCGUCCUGCAAAAUAUUUCCUCUGUUUUCAGGCUAGCCGCUGGCUAGCUCUGCAGCUCUUUUCUUCCUUUCAGAUGUAUUUUUAACAAGAGCCCAAGCUUGUUGAUAGAGUUUUGUAUUGGACUGCAUCCUAUUCAAAUGGUGCCAUAUAUUUUUCUGUUCAGCUGCUGACCUUUAGACUCGAGCACGGCAUGAAAGCCAUAUGUUACUUAGUAAAUGUGAAUAGGGCGUCUCUUAGUGUUCAUGGCUUUUCCAUGACGACUUUCUCUACUGUGUACUAUACCCCUAGAAAACAUUCUUAGAUCUCCUUGUAACGGUACCUUUCUUGGAAAAUAUCGUCUUCUUUUGAUACUGUAGAGAAGAAUUUAAUUUAUAGAGAUCUUUUGGAGACAAUCAAUUUUUUAUUGGUCUUUUAUCAAUUCAUCGAAAUGCUCCUUUUUAUUGGAUGUCAUUGUGUUCAUAGAAAUAGACCCAGAUGUUUGUAUUUCACUUUUUCCUCGGUGUGGUAAAAUGGUUACGUCUAAUAUAAAUAAUAUUUUAUACUGUGAACAUUUACAAUGUAUUGCUGGAGAAUAGCAUCGGACAUUAAAUGUUACCUUUUUAGUACUAUUAUAUUUCUCUAAUAUAUGGCAUCAGAUAAUGAUCACAACAGUGAAUAUAUUCAAUAGUUUAACACGUUUCUUUCUGAAAUAAGAAAUUAUGAAUGACUUACACUUUCAAAUGUACAGAGAUUGAGCUUUUCUUUCUAAAUGUAUCACUUUUACAUUCAUAAUUGUGCACAUAAAUAUUCUAAAGUACACAGAUUUAGAUGAAGUCACAUUAUGGAAUUAGAGUUAUAAACACACAUAUAUAAUAUAUUGCUAUAUAUAGGUGCUCAUUUUAUAUUUGCGCUUCAUGUUUGCUUGAGAUUUUAAUUCUAUUUAAAGGCUUAAAUCUUGAACUACCACUUUGAAAUCAUUUGUUGUUUCGUCAUGGUGUGGCAGUCUUUUUUUACCCUUGUGCCGGCCGGGUGAACAUAAGAUGUUCUGUUGUCUGUAUAUGAAUAUUAAAUCUCUUUCUUCCAGUCGUCCGUUUUACUGCUGAAAAGUGCAUACAUCUAUCUGUAUGUUCACGUUUGAAUAUUUAUGCACAUUAAA